AUGGAGGGCGGAACAGUCCUCGACUUCAUUCCAGCAAACAAAGUCCCGCCUGCUCCAGUUUUGCCACGACUUCCCUUGCACCUGCUCAGGAAGAAUGACGAUUCAGUCAAAGUGGCUACAAAAACAGCUGCUAAUCUGGAGCGUUCAAAGUCUCUCAAAGGGGUCAAAAAGGUGCCUAGGGAGGGGCAGGUAAACGAGGGACAAAGACGCAAAAGCGAAGCUGGUGUAGGAAAGGUCAGUGAGGUCAAAGCUGGGGGUGCCGAGGGAAAGGGGUCAAAAGAGAAGCUGGGUGGACCUGGCAAGCUUACGGGUAAAGGGCUGGCAAGCAUAAGCGGUUCCAAACUUGGAGCCGUACAGGUUGGUAAAGAUGCGGAGGCAGCUUCAAGUGGAAAGACAGUGCCGCAGAAAAGUUUGCAGCCGGAAAGUCAGCCAUCUGCAGUCAGCACGCAAAGCAGUUUGCCAGCAACGGAGAUUGGAACCUCAGUGCUCUCGGAGGAUAGCAUUAGGAGCAGUGAAACGUCUAGGGAUGCCGAGGGAGCGGCUGUCACGCCAGGUGUGAUGUCGAGCGGUGCAAGUGUAGAGUCCUCUGUUAGAGAAGAGUCCAGCAUCAGCGAGGCUUCCAGAUGGGACAGUGGUGGCGAGCAGAUUCAAACCCCGAGUACAUCUUAUACAAACGAACUGUCCGUAGCAAGCAUAUCUCAAGGAGUGUCCGAUCUGGACCUUGGAAAUAAAGCAAACAACACCAAGACUCCGGUAGGUAAAGUCAAACCACCACUGAAAGGCUUACCCGCCUCUCGUUUUGCAAGAGAGGCACCCCAUUCGCAAACCUUACAACUACCGGAGGCUCAUUUCAGUAUGUCCAGGACUCUAGACUGGGACUCCUCAGACCAGCACGAGCUCGUUCUGGGCCAAGGGCCAACCAGCCUCCAGUCUGCGGACUUUCUAGAAGGGGCUCUCAGUAGGUUUGCAGACCAAAAACUCCAGUUUCGGAACCCGUUGCAUAAGCAGAGGGUUCCCCCAGCGGUCCUGGCGAAACAGCGGGGGGUGCAGGAGGGGCGCUUUGGGAGGCCCCCAUCUGCGAGGAGCGAACUGGGGGAGGUGUUGCUGGAUGGCUUCCUACUGUGUGAUGCGGCCGGUGUAGAGCUCCCCGAGGAGGCCGAGGUCGUGAACCUGUGCGGCAGUCACCUGACGUCAGUCGAGGUGGAUGACAUGCGCUUCUUCGAGCGGCUCUCGGCUGUCAGUGCCGCCGACAACUAUCUCAAAAUGGAGAACUUCGGCGGUCUGACUGCGCUCACACGCCUCCUCCUCCCCUGCAACAAGUUGGACAAGCUGCGCUUCCAACCGGGGCAGUUUGAAAUUCUUGAGGUCCUCGACGUCUCGUUCAACCACCUAACGCGCACCGACCUCUCCCUCCUCUCCACCCUUCCCCGGUUGCUCGAGCUCUACUUUGACCACAAUCGACUCUCCGGGCACCUUCCUGCGGACGUGGCCCUGCCCGGGAGGUUCCACCGGUUGCAGAAGCUGUCGCUGUCGGCGAACGGGCUGCCUUCGAGCUCACUAACUACGCUGAGCAAGUUGCCCUGCCUCCGCUCCCUCUCGCUCGCGCGGAACCCAAUCCGGCGGAUUCCUUGGGAGAGCAUUGCGCACGAUACGCUCUUCUCCAGCCUGACGGAACUAGACCUGGCGGCAACCCGCAUCGAAGAAGCGGAAGCCGCCGCAGGGCUUGUGCACCUUUCAAAAAGCCUUCGACGAAUCGCCCUUUGGGACACUCCCUUAGCUGUUCGAGCCGGCUCCGACGGAAACGGAGAGCCCCUUGAAAGUGCAGUCCCGAUCUUAGCUGCGGUCGCGGAGGCGGCCGCGCGCGGCCAGCGGUGGCUCUUAACCAAGCCCAAACCGCGCCCCAAACCCGCGCUCUUCGGCGCGCAGAUCGGCGCGACCGUCGAGGAGCUCGGCAAGGAACAGCUAGCGGAUCUCGCGGCGGCGUAUCCGGAGACGCAGAUCAUUGCCGCGCUGGAGCGGGUGCAAAAACGCUUCGAAGCGCCGUUUGAGGCGACCAGUCUGGCGAGCGAGAGCUUGUCCAGGUCGCCGGAAGGAAGCUUACAAGGUGACGGAAAAGAGGGCUCUGUAGCGGGGACUUCGGAAGCUGUAGAGGGGCUGGUGGACGAGUAUGACGAACCGAUGGUGACUGAAAGGGAGCUGUACCAGUUGGCGAAUGCGCCGACGCCAGCCGGGGGCUUGCCGCACAUUGAUGACACGUCAGCGGCCGUGCUCGCGCUGAAAUUCGCCCUGAAGCAUCCCCUUGUAAAGACGAACCCCCUUCCGGAGCACCACCAGCAGCUGAAUACGAUCUCGAAGAUUAGACUGGACGAGACCACCCGCCGGAAAGUUCCGCUCAGCCCCACCCGGGAGCUGACCCGGACGGAGAUUGAGCAGACGAUCCAGGACGCCAAGAAAGAAGAGAUGGCCGCGAACAUUGAGGACAUUUUGGCGACGAUGAAAGCCAGGCUGACGCAAGUGGAAAAGAAGCUCAAGAAAGCGGGGCAUAAAGUCUAA